AUGAGAAGUGAGACUUCAGGCACUGCAGGUAAGCAGUUAUACAGAUAUAAAAAAAAUGUUUUGUCAAGUAACCGAGUUGCUGCGGAAAGAAAUAUAGAUGACAUAUGUGCACAGACAGGUGAGGAAUUUUCUUCUGAGUUUUUGAGGGACCGCACCGCUCAAAGAAGAAUAACAGUAAUGAAUGAUGGAGGUCAUCGCCAUCCAACCCAAAUGGGGUUUAAUUUCAAUCAGAACAAUCAGGCAGUUUACAGGGAUCUUAAUGGCAUUCACGGAUCAAGGAGAAAGAGUUAUGAAUGCAAUGCAGAUGUCUCAGAUAUGGUUCCUGCUACAGGAUGUGCAGCUGAAAUAGAAAAUAAUGCUUAUAAUGAUAAUAUAAGCAGAUAUCCGUGGCAAUAUGAUGCUAUUGGACAAAAUUCAGGUAAGUUUUCUGAUGAAAUUUAUUCUGAUCAAGUUACCACAGAACCAACUGUUUCCCCACAUUAUAUAGUGGGCUCUCCUCUGUCAUACCAUUAUUAUGGACCAGUGUUUAUGGAGAGUGCUCUUAGUCAAAAGAUAAAGUUCCUUUGUAGCUUUGGCGGGAGAAUAUUACCUAGGCCAAAUGAUUCGAAGCUUAGGUAUGUGGGUGGAGAGACACGGAUUAUAUCCAUCAGGAGAAACCUCACUUGGGUGGAACUCGUAAAGAAGACUUCAGCAAUUUGUAACCAACCUCAUACGAUCAAGUAUCAGCUCCCAGGAGAGGAUCUUGAUGCACUUAUAUCUGUUUGUUCGGAUGAGGAUCUUCAUCAUAUGAUAGAGGAACAUCAAGAAUUGGAAAGAAUUGGUGGCCCUCAUAGACUGCGAAUAUUUCUUGUACCUCUAGCUGAACCGGAGAGUCCAAGUUCUUUGGAAGGCAGGGACACCCAGCAGAGUGAUCCUGAUUAUCAGUAUGUUUUUGCCGUAAAUGGCAUGCUAAGUGUGACUUCUCGAAGGAAUUCUAGUGGGCAGAGUUUGGCAAGUCAAGCAACCGCCUUGGGAACUGCUUCAGAUCAUAGUGUAGGUUUUUAUAGAGACUCCCCUACAUCUAUUCAGACUUGUGAGAAUAAGGAUUAUAGUUCUAAUUCCUCGAAUUUUGGAGGCACGUUUUUUAAUCGUAAUGUUCAGCAUCGUGAUACUAUGAGCUCUAAUGCGCAAAUUAAUGCGGAUCAACCAUGUGCUGUUGUCAAUGGAAGUGCCAAUCCUUUAGCCGUGGACAAAUUUUCUUGUGUAAAUCCCAUUAGCCACUAUGAUAAUCUUUCUUAUGCCCAUGUGCAAUUGAAGAAUAACCAUCAGCAAAACAAAAAUAUGGUAGAAACUGAGCACACAAACAGAAGCCAUGAAAUGCAUUUUCAAAAUCAUGGCCCCAGUAGAGAUACUAUGCAUUAUACGGCACACAGCCAAAGAGAUAAGAACUCUGAAGGACCUGCACUUAAGGAAAGGUCACUUUCUGACACAGGGUUACAUGAACAAUAUGAGAGUUCUAUUUACAGCUUUAGAGAGCCAACUAUACCUCAAAGCCCCUGGACUAUUGGAAGAGAGAAAUCACCUAUGGUAGGAAUGUUAAGUUCUUCAAAAGAGUGGCCAAUGCAAUGGCAAGAGGUGAUUGAUGAAAAAAACCAAGGUACCAAAUAUAAGAAUCAGUGCAUUAUGAAGACACCAGAACCAUGCAAAAAUAAUUUUGAAUGGAGUCCAGAGUUCAAUUGCAUGGACUGGAAUCCUGCUUCUUCUGUUUCAGAUAGAAAACACCAUGAAGGAAGUGUUAAAGUUAUGCAAUAUGGUAAUGCCAUGGAAUAUACGAUAAACAACCAACCCAGCAUUCAUAUUCCCCUGCAAGAUUCUCAAGACUCUGGGAGCUCGCUAUUCUCUUUACCAGUUAUUCAUAAAGAAAAUUCUGCAGGUACCACAAAGGAGAACCUUGGUGGCUGUCAAUUAGACACAAAUGUACCUAAGUCUCAUGUUAAGAGACAAAAUGCUGCAAGCAAUCAAAAAUGUGCUAUGCCUGAGACAAGUCAACCAGAUUCCCUUGGAUUCCCCGGACUACCCUCUAUAUCAUCUAAAGGAGCUGCUAAUCAAGAACGUAGAAUCCCAAGAUGUAAAUUGACAACAAGUUAUGCUUCAAGUAAAGAGGAUUCUAUCUACAAUGAAGAAGCUACAAAUUCUCCCCACCAUAGAAUUGGAAAAAUACGCAUUAGGAUGCCAUCAGGAAAGGAUCAGAAGUCUGAAGAUCGUAUAUGUGCCCAAUCACAAGCCUCAGAAAAUGAUCAUGAAGACAAGAUGCUCAAGUCAGGGGUUAUAGGGAAAGAUGUAACUGAUAGUACACCUCCAGACAUUCCCUCCUCCCUGGUAGUAGUACCACAUGUACAGCAUAACGGCAGUGAUGAAUAUCCAUCCCAAAGAGAAACAGAUGCAGAGAAUAUGAAUCAAUCUGACGGUGAGGAAGCAAAAGUAUUUAGCAAUGCUGCAAUGGCUGAAUUAGAAGCAGACAUAUAUGGUUUGCAGAUUAUUAAGAAUGAUGACCUUGAAGAAUUGCAAGAGUUAGGUUCUGGAACAUACGGAACUGUUUACCAUGGGAAGUGGAGGGGAACAGAUGUUGCUAUAAAGAGAAUAAAAAAGAGUUGUUUUUCAGGCAGAUCAUCGGAACGAGACCGGUUGACAAAAGACUUCUGGAGAGAGACACAGAUCCUGUCAAAUCUUCACCAUCCAAAUGUGGUAGCAUUCUAUGGUGUUGUCCCCGAUGGACCUGGUGGAACAAUGGCAACCGUAACUGAAUAUAUGGUCAAUGGAUCAUUGAGGCAUGUCCUACUAAGGAAAGAUAGAUCACUUGAUCGCCGCAAAAAGCUUAUGAUCGCCAUGGAUGCAGCUUUUGGCAUGGAAUAUCUGCAUUUUAAAAAUAUUGUUCAUUUUGAUUUGAAGUGUGACAAUUUGCUUGUCAAUUUGAGGGAUCCCCAACGACCCAUUUGCAAGGUUGGAGAUUUUGGGUUGUCACGAAUUAAACGCAAUACACUUGUGUCUGGCGGUGUGCGUGGAACUCUUCCGUGGAUGGCACCAGAAUUAUUGAAUGGAAGCAGCAGCAGGGUUUCUGAAAAGGUUGAUGUUUUCUCAUUUGGUAUUGCAAUGUGGGAGCUCCUCACUGGAGAAGAGCCAUAUGCCAACAUGCAUUGUGGUGCUAUUAUAGGCGGGAUCGUAAGCAACACACUCAGGCCUCCUCUACCGGAACGUUGUGAUCCAGAAUGGAAAAGGUUAUUGGAAGAAUGCUGGUCUUUCGACCCUUCGGCAAGGCCAUCAUUUACAGAGAUAACAAAAAGGCUGCGCGUUAUGUCAACAGCUCUCCAGACAAAGCGGCGUAGUAAUGUAAUUAGAUGAACGCAGCAUGCUCAUACUCUUACAAAUCUCAGGCAAAAUAGCACACAAAUAUA